GUUGUGUAUAUAUUAGUGGCGGUAGGGGUAGUACAGAUAGUAGUAGUGAUAUAAACUGGUAAGACCAAGAACAUUCAGUGCCGUGAGGUUAGGUGCGGGUGUCAUUCAGUGCGCUUGUACUCAGCAACGUAGAAACCGACUGGCUAUAAUGAAAACGACAAACUAUUCUCAAUAUUCAAGCUUCUCUAGUGAAUAUAAUUUCUAUAAUAAACAAGUAAAAUACAUUCUGGAAAAAGUGGAAUUUUAUUGUUGUGUGCAGGUGAAAACGUGGUGAAAACGGCUAAUAUAAUAUACUUCAAAAGCGAAAUUAAGUGAAAGGGAAUUAUUUCAUUACAGAGAAACUGAAUUUAUUGCAAAUAAACGUUUUGUUUCCGAAAAAUUAUCAUCGAAUUAAAUAUCGCAAAUGUGUGUUAAUUUAAAGUUGUUAAUUUAUUCAUAUUCCACCUGGAAAUCUAAACAAUUGAUUGCAAACAAAAUAACAAGGAGAAACUAACCUUACUUAAUUUUUAACUUGUAAAAGCUUAAUGUUGAAAUUGACCUCAAAGCAGAUACGAAUUUACAACUAUGGGAAUAAUUUCGUCAACAUUUACCUCUUUGGCACUUCAGUUUGCUUGGAAUUAUCAGAGACUUCUGGAUCCGAGAUAUAGAUGCGCUGAAGUUAAAAAAGCUGUUGAAUAUUCACCACCUCUUAACAAUGAAGUACCUAAAGUGAAUGAAGUCACGCAAACAAAUUCAUUGACCAACAAGUCAUCAGAUGGAAAGUUAUCUCUUCACCAGGAGAAACGAAGAAAAAGAGCAGCUCAACUUCGGUACAGAGGAAGACCUUCAAGCUUUGAUGCUUCUUUUAUUGUGAGAUGUCCAAAUAGAAAAUGUGUUAGAAGUGUGGCACAAGUUGUCACGUCAAAACCAAAUUUUCUUCGAAGACAAAGAACUCUACAAUGGGAAAUGACAUCCUCAUCUGGAUGUUCAUCUGACUCUGGUUCAGAUUUUGAAUCGGAUUCAGAUUCUGACAGUGUGUUGAGAAUAAAUCUUGGUGAGAAUUCAACUCUCUCAGAAGGAGUGGUACCCAAGGAUGCAGAAGAAAAUGGGCAACCAGUUGCAAUGACUGCCGCUGAAGAAGCAGCUUUUCGAAUAACAGUUGGUAGAGGCCAUUUUAGUCAGUCAAAAAAAGACCGAUUUUUAAAUAAUCUCAGACUUGAAAAAAGAUUGAACGAUUUAAACAACGAUUUUUUUGGAGCAGUUUGUCGUGCCCACUGUCAUACACUACCGAGAUGACUCUGACCAGAUAUUUACACAAUAAUUUAACAGUAAGGAUUUUUAAGACUAAAAACAAAAAAAUAAAUUUUAGAAAAUCUCAGGUGAUUAUCAAGUGUAUUGAGAUUUUUCACAUUGGGUAACGAAAAAAAAAAUGUUGAAAGAUUCUAGCUUGCAAUCUAGUUUUCUUCAAUAUUAGUUAAAACGAGACCAAUAUUCAGUUUUUUUGAAUUAUUACAUAUUUUAUCGAUAUACAUAAUAACGUGAAUUACGUAAGGUUUUAAGAAAUUUCACCUUUAAUUGUACCUAAAAUUUUAUAUUUUUUAAUUAAGAAAAGACUGACAAUUUAAAUUUUUAUGUUUUUUAAUCGUAAAUAAUCAUUCUCAAAUCAAUAGAAUAUAAACUUUAUAAUUAUAGGCACUUUUAUGGAAUAUUAAAUAUAAAAAUUUGAUUUGAGAGACGAUUGUUUAUGUAUUUUAGUUUCUCUCAAACUUAUGAUUGAGAAUGGAAAAAAUCGAGGUUGCAACGGUUAUAAAAGAUGUAUAAUUGCUAAAUAUAACAUUUUUCUAAAAUAUUGGUUUCUAAUCAUAAAUUAUUAAAGUUUUUAAUUUUAACUUUCUCAUAUCUAGAUUCGUAAAGAAUAUUUUCAAGUUAUUUACGAAACAACUUUUUGAAAAUAUCAAUCUCUAGGGGAAAAAUUAUGAGCUUUCUUUUAUUUAAUUACAAUUUUUUUUUAUUUUAAUUUUUUAUCAAAUUUAUAAUUUUACUAUCUCAUGAAAUUAUAAAAUCUUGAAACCGUAGCAACACAAACAGGCCUUAUAACUUAUGCUUCUAGUCUUGUAUAUUUGCGAAUGCGAAAAGUUUCUUUGUCAGUAAAACGAUAAUCACAAAAAGAAACUAAAGAUGAUUGGUAAUUUUUAAUUUAUAACAAGUAUAGAAUUUAAUAUGUUUUUGUAUAGAACUAGGGUGCAAGAAAAAUUCAAAUGCCUCGAAAUUGAUUUCUAUUUUGGAAAUUCACAAAAAUACGACAUUUAUAUUUCAAAGAUUUGUAGAUUUAAUUUAUUUCGAAAUUAAAACUGUGAUGUAAAGUAUUUAAAGUAUAUUCAAAUUUUGUGAAUUUUCCAAAAUAUUAUAUAUGUAUAUAAAAAGUAUGUAAACGAAUUUCUACUUUUGUGAAUUAGCAAAAUUCUUAUUUUUUUUUUAGAUAAAGAAAAGUUUUGUUAAUAUUCUGCAACUAUUCACGAUUAACCAUGAUUCGUUUCACAUUAGAAAAAGUUAAACUUUUACUUCCAAUUAGUUGUAAAAAGUUAAUUUUGAAUCUCUUGUUAUCAUUAUUAAUUGAUAGUUUAUAAAUCGAAUAUUUUUAAUUAAACGUAUGUAUAAUGUAAGUUUCAUAAUCUUGUAUAUAAAGAUGUACAAAUUAAGAAGAAUGUAACAAAGUCAAUGGAAGUAAUUUUUUUUUCAAAAAACUUGAAAAUACUCUAAUUUUACUCCCAAUGACUUAUGAAAAAAAAGCUGAAAUAUUUAUAAAACAUUUAAACUUUGACUUGUCAAUUAAACUGCUAAUUCAAUGUCUUCACAGCUGACCUUGGACAUUUUUAUUCAAAAGGAAAAAAAAAUGUUGAUUCGAGUUUCAAUUCAAAUGGAAAUUUGUAAAUAAAUAUAAUUAAACAUCAAGGUCUGUUUUAAAUAAGCUUACAGGAAAAUCCGUCCGUGGCGCAAUUGCGUCAGUAACAUUUGGGCAUAUGGCGCGGCUUCUCUAACUAAAUAUAUACUUUUACUCUAUACAAAGGAAAAAGUAUCACUUAUUUAUAAACAACAAUUUCAAUGAGUACUACACAGUUACCAUUUUGUCACGACUUGAAUGAAACCGCGAGUACCUUACUGUAAAAAUUACUAUCAUGUAUUUUGUGAAAAGAACUAUUGUAUUUAUAUUUUUGUUAAUAAAUGCUAGUCAAAAUUUAA